UACCGGAAGUUCCCAAUUACCAUACGUUUGUAUCUUGACUUGGGACGACAUCUGAUGUCGAAAUUGAGCCUUCUUGAGGGUCUGACCUGGGUACCGGUGGUAAGAAUAUUUUUUAUUUGGGACCUAUAUUCUUUUAAGUCAACGUAACCUGCUGGUACGUUGUCUCAGAGACUAACAAUGCGGAAGACGUGAGUUUGCUGGCCCUUUUCUACUUUUUAGGCCUGCAGAAACCACAGUGAAGCUAACGAGAAAAGCUACUAUGCCAGGGGAAGAAAUCUCUCCUUUUCUGGCCUCCUUUCGUCAAGGGUCGUUGUUUCGUUGAUACCACAGAACUACGACACAAGCGGAGAGACUUCAGACUUGUCGCUUAGCUGUCAAUGCUUCUGACAAUUUGUAUAAAUUGUUUAACACCAGCAUUUUAGCUCCAGCUUGGUAGCCUGCGAGCUAUGGCGGACAGCAUUGGAGAUGCGUCAACCGGUGAUACACUUGGCUCUGGCGUCACCGGACAAAGCGGUGGAUCCUCGCCACAGACUUUGGCUAACUCUCUGACGGGUGCACCCCUCAUCCCCAAUACAGUUUCGGCUUUUGAGGGUGACCAGAGUGGCCUAAGCCCUGAAGGGUCCCCAAUGGAUGGCCUUGCGGCUACUCAGACGAACUUCUGGAACGCUUUUGGCGUAUCUCCACCGGUCGUGUCGGUAUCAACAAACGUACACACCUCUUCACCACUUCAGGGUGCUGGGCAAGGGGUCGCCGGGGUGGCCGAACCGGACCCCUUAACACAGGUAUACGCUGCUUCCUGGGACCCGACCCGUAGUACGGACUGGGACAAUGAAAAGACUUCACAGCCUGCAAUUUUAAGGAUAAAGAGGGAUAUCAUGUCUAUCUACAAGGAGCCGCCUCCAGGCAUGUUUGUUGUCCCUGAUCCCCAAGAUAUGACCAAGAUCCAUGCUCUGAUCACGGGGCCAUUUGACACACCAUAUGAGGGUGGUUUCUUCCUCUUCCUGUUUCGAUGCCCUCCUGACUACCCCAUCCAUCCGCCACGGGUCAAGCUCAUCACCACCGGUCAGAACACUGUCCGGUUCAAUCCCAACUUUUACCGCAAUGGCAAAGUCUGCCUCAGCAUCCUCGGAACAUGGACAGGUCCAGCAUGGAGUCCAGCGCAGAGUAUCUCCUCUGUCCUCAUUUCCAUCCAGUCUCUGAUGACAGAGAAACCUUAUCACAACGAACCUGGAUUUGAACAGGAGCGACAUCCAGGGGACAGUAAGACCUAUAACGAUUGUAUCCGUCAUGAAACCAUGAGGGUUGCUGUGUGUGACAUGCUGGAGGGCAAAGUUCCAUGUCCUGAAGCUUUGUGGAGUGUGAUGGAGAAGUCCUUCCUAGAAUACUAUGAUUUCUAUGAGGGAGUUUGCAAAGAGAGGCUGCAUCUUCAGGGACAGAACAUGAAGGAUCCAUUUGGAGAAAAGCGUGGUCGAUUUGACUAUCAGCGCCUGCAGGCUCGACUCGGCGCCAUUCAUCGACGAAUACGGGAGAAACGUGUGAUGAGCGAUCCCAAUGACGAUUCUGACUCUGAAACCAGUUCCUCUGAGACGGACCCUGACAGCCAGGGCAGCAUCCAGCCAUGACUGUAAAACACGGACGGGCCACUAAGAGAGGACACCUUUUUUGCUUCAAGAUAAAACAAAAAUAAUGUUUAAUAAAAUAUUUCCAUGUUGUAUGGUUUUGGGGGAAAAAAAGCGAUGGAGUUGCUCUCCACAAAGUGACCAUACUGCAGCAAAAGAACUCAACACUAUUCAGGAGUCAAACACUGGCAAAUUUAACCCUUGUGCUACUUUUGUAGCUUACCAGCUGUUAUUUUUAAUUCAUGUUUGGACUGGAAGAGGCUGUGCAGGUGUAUUAUACAUAGUUUAAACAUUCCCUUGUGCUUAUGAAAAAGUACAUUAAAUGACAUUGCCAUUUAAAAAGAAAUUGGUCAAACAAGUAGCACGUUGUCUUUUGAUGAUGUCCCUCAACUGUUUUUACCAUUUCCAUUUAAAAAGAAAUUGGUCAAAUAAAUAGCACGUUGUCU